CGGGGCCAACCUGGAAGGCCACGCCUUUCUCUCCCCGCCCUCUGCUGCUCUACCAGAGAGGAACCACACAACUGGGAGCCUGUCCCUUUAAAUGUCCCGGUAGGAGACUGGGCAGGCGAAGGCUUCCGGGAAUGCGCACUGUGGCCUACGGGAGGACCGCUUUCUCGGAAGCGAGGCACUGUUAAGAAUGGAAGAGGACACAGAUAGUGGAGUCAGGUUUAGUUCCUUAUGUUUCGUUAAUGAUCAUGUUGGAUUUCAGGGCACUAUAAAAGCCUCCCCAAGUGACUUCAUUGUUACCGAGAUUGAUGAGCAGGGACAAUUAGUCAGUAAGGCCACUGGUGAAUCUGUUCAUGAAAUUAGUAAAAUACAAUCUGAGCCAAGUCAUUUUGUCAAAAAGCCAAAGCUAAAUAGUCAAGAUGUAUUCUUAGAACAUGAAGGUGACGAAGACACUGCUAACUUGCCUGGGUACGCCAGUGGUGACCAGAGUCAUCAGUCCGGCUCGGAUGAAGAAGACAGUGUCAACGGUGUGACCUCUAAAUGCAAAAAAGAAAAUGUUGACUUAUUAAGUUCACUUUUAGAUGAAAAAACUCAUACGUUACUGGAGAAGUUUGCCUGUGAUGUCAAAGGGACAUGGAAGUCACAAACCGAGUCAACUGAAGCAUCUCUGGAAUUCUCACUAGGUAGGAUCCUUGAGAAAAGCCAAAGAGCUGUCUUACACAGUGCCGUCAGGCAGACAUUUCCUUUUUUAAUAACCGUAGGGAAAAACAGUGAAAUCUUUGUAAAGCCAAACCUUGAGUAUAAAGAACUCUGCCAUUUGGUAUCUGAAGAAGAAGCACUUGGUUUUUUCAAAUAUUUGGAUGCAAAGAGAGAAAAUUCCACGUUUACCUUUGAACCGGAUACGAACAAAGAUCACAGGAAAGCUGUGCACCAUUUUCUCAACAAGAAGUUUGGAAACCUUGUGGAAACCAAGUCGUUCCCUGAGCAGAAUCGCAGUGCUGAGAAUCCAAACACAGCCAUCACUGUGAGGUUCCGGGUGAAAGCACGCACACAUGGGAAGAGAUCUCGUCUUGACGGUGAGAGAAGAAAAGCUGUAUAUACAGCUUUCACCCUACAAAAGGAAAAUCUGGAGAUGUUUGAAGCAAUUGGGUUUUUAGCCAUCAAACUUGGUGUGAUUCCUUCGGAUUUCAGUUAUGCGGGCCUUAAAGACAAGAAAGCAAUCACCUAUCAAUCUAUGGUCGUAAGAAAAGUGACUCCAGAGAGGUUGAAAAGUAUUGAAAAGGAAAUCAAAAAGAAGCGAAUGAGUGUGUUUAAUAUUCGGUCUGUGGGUGAUUCUCUGAGACUUGGUCAGCUCAAAGGAAACCACUUUGAUAUUGUCAUCAGACAUCUCAAAAAUCACAUGAAUGAUGCGGCAAGCCUGAGUGAGAGAGUUUUGGAGGCGACAGACAAUGUUAAGAAUAAAGGCUUUGUGAAUUACUAUGGACCACAGAGAUUUGGGAAAGGAAGGAAAAUUCAGACAGACCAAAUUGGAUUGGCUUUGCUGAAGAAUGAAAUGGUGAAGGCCAUAAAAUUAUUUCUUACACCAGAAGAUGUGGAUGAUCCUGUAAAUAAAGCAAAGACAUACUUUCUCCAAACUGAGGACGCGAAAGGCACGCUGUCACUGAUGCCUGAGUUCCGAGUUCGAGAGCGGGCUUUGCUGGAGUCCUUGCAUCGCUUCGGCGUGACGGAGGAAGGCUGUAUCCAGGCCUGGUUCUCUUUUCCUCAUUCCAUGCGCAUAUUCUACAUCCACGCAUACAGUAGCAAGAUUUGGAAUGAGGCAGCAUCUUACAGACUUGCAGCCUAUGGAUCCAGAGUGGUGGAGGGGGACCUGAUCUGCUUGGAUGAAGAUGUUGACGAGCAUGUCCCAAGCAGUAAAGUUCAUCUGGUGACCAAAGAAGAGGAAUCUGCUAACACAUACACAAUACACCAGGUGGUUCUGCCAGUACUUGGAUACAACGUUCAGUACCCAGAGAACAAAGUAGGGCAGUGGUUCCGUGGAGUCCUGAGCAGGGACGGACUGCAGGCCUGUAGGUUUAGAGUGCCCGUCCUGAAGCUGAAUGUACCAGGAUGCUACAGGCACAUCUUGAAACAUCCCCACAAUGUGUCGUACCAACUAGUCCAUCCUGACUCUGAUGCUAACGUGGAAGGGUCUCACGCCGAUGAUGUAACCUCAUCCCUGUCCAUCUCCUUUGAUCUUGAUGCUUCCUGUUAUGCUACUGUUUGUCUGCGGGAAAUGAUGAAAGAUGAUAUUUAAACCAGCGCCCGCGAUGGAGUCGUGUGCCUGCUUCCUCAACUGUUGUAAAUGAACACAGGACUUUAGUGGAGAGGUUUAAACUGAGACACUGAUACUUUAAUUCAUCAGAUUCCAGCCUCUCCGGGUACUGUGAAAACUGAAGGCCACAACAGUCAAGAAACCCAAGGCAGAGGUCCUAGAACUGCAGCUACCCUUUCUUCAGAGGAAGCAGAAGCCUAAGGCAGUGAUUCUCAACCUGUGGGUCAGAGGUCUAAGGCGGUGAUUCUCAACCUGUGGGUCGCGACCACCUAUCUAACCAUCUAUCUAAAAGAUAUUUACAUUAUGGUCAUAACUGUAAAUUACAAAAUUCAAAACCAGUUAUAAAGUAGCAAAGAAAAUAAUUUUACGACUUGGGGGUCCCCACAACACAGAGGAACUGUACUAAAGGGUAGCAACCUUAGGGAGGUUGAGAACCAACCACUGGUUUAAAGCUAUGUGACUAGUUUUUCCACUUGCUUUAGGGAUUUCUGCUCCAGUCAUGAAAGUUCCAGACUUGAGAGCAGUGCUCUGGGAACUGGCUGCUGGGGAUCACACUUAAGAGAGCCGUGUGGAGAGAGAGUGCCCUCUCCUCUGCUCUGAAAGGGAAAGCCAGGUGACAGCAGAACCACGGUGACAGGACACGUGAGGACCAUCCUUUCUGGCUUGUCGUGCAAGGGAAUAUUAUUUGUUCUUAAAGUGACUUACACAUGACAUCAUCUUGGAGGAAGGCAAAGUUUUCAUUCAACUUUUUCAUCCAAGUUUUUACCUGGUCCCCUAACCCUUUGUUCUGUUUUCUAUGACCCAAAGCUCAGAUUGUAGGCUGAGAUCUACUCACAUCCCCCCAUCUCUCACACAUUGGAUUUGC